AUGAAGAUGGACAGCAUCAGAGUCAUUUCAGAGUACUUUCUGGAACACCUUCCAGUUGUGGGGCCACUAAGAUUUACAAUUACUGGUGGAUUCAAUCUUGAUGGGAGGUGGGAGAAUCAGAGCUCUUGUCCUGCAACGCCGCCUAGGCAAUACCGAGGAAUGAUAGUUGGCCUUUCCAAACAUUUUCUCACGCGUCUCAUGUUGAAGUUACAACCCACUCGCCCUGUUUUGCCGAAACGUGGUGCUUCACGAAAACCCCUUAUAGAAAAUAUUUUCUUCAAAACAAUCAUUGACUCUCAGCAGUUCAAACUUGAGUAA